AUGCCUUCGAACAGGUCACCGUUGACGAGAGGGACCUAUGGAUUUAAGUCCGAUGUAGAUUUGACGUCGGGCAGUGACAUAUCGUUUGUAAGCAGUGGGAGGAGGAGCACUGAUCAGGUCUUCCCUCCGAGGAUCUAUUGCUUGCCUGACAACAACCUUGCUCACAGCUUCGAGUCUCGACUAUCGCCUCGCAAGUCUGUGGGUGUUCAUUCCGCUAUGAACGGGUACUCUUUUUCUCAGGAGAGCUUUGCAUCUGACGCAUCGGAAUAUCAAGAAGCAGAGAUAAAUAGACUGAAACUGGAACUCAAGCAGACAAUGGAUAUGUACAACGCAGCUUGCAAGGAAGCGCUUCUGUCUAAACAGAAGGCAAAGGAGCUCCAUCACUCGAAGAUGGAGGGGAAACAGAGACUCGAAAUCGCCCGACUCGCGGAAGAAGCCGCCUUGGUUCUGGUAGAGAAGGAGAAAGCAAAGUGCAAGGCAGCAUUGGAAGCAGCCGAAGCAGCCCAAAGGAAGGCGGAACUGGAAGCGCAUAAAAGGAGAGAAGUGGAGAUAAAGGCCAUGAAACAAUCCGUCGACAAGAAUCCCUCGAAUUCGUUUGUGCAAACGGACGCGAGGUACAGGAGAUACAAGAUCGAGGAGAUCGAGGAAGCCACAGAGUACUUUGCGGCGGACAAAAAGGUUGGAGAAGGAGGGUACGGUCCCGUCUACAAAUGCUAUCUCGAUCACACGCCUGUGGCCGUCAAGGUACUGCGACCGGAUGCGGCCCAGGGGAGGUCUCAGUUUCAGCACGAGGUUGAGAUUCUUAGUUGCAUCCGGCACCCAAACAUGGUCCUCCUCCUCGGUGCUUGCCCGGAGUACGGUUGCCUGGUGUACGAGUACAUGGCGAAUGGGAGCUUAGACGAUCGCUUAUUCCGGCGGGGGAACACGCCGCCCAUUCCCUGGCAAUAUCGGUUCCGCAUCGCCGCAGAGAUCGCCACGUGCCUUCUCUUCCUCCACCAAACGAAGCCGGAGCCUCUGGUUCACAGGGACUUGAAGCCUGCAAACAUCCUGCUCGAUCAGAACUACACCAGCAAGAUAAGCGACGUCGGCCUGGCCCGCCUUCUCCCGCCCUCCGUGGCAGACCAAGUCACUCAGUACCGCAUGACGACGGCGGCCGGGACGUUCUGCUACAUCGACCCGGAGUACCAGCAGACGGGCAUGCUCGGCACCAGGUCUGACAUUUACUCAUUUGGAAUCCUGCUGCUGCAACUGAUCACUGCGAAGCCUCCCAUGGGGCUGACCCAUCAAGUGGACCGCUCGAUCGAGACGGGAACGUUUCGACAGGUGUUGGAUCCCUCCAUCCAAAAUUGGCCGAUCGAUGAAGCUUUACGGUUCGCCAAGUUAGCACUCAACUGCGCAGAGCUGAGAAGGAAAGACCGGCCGGACCUAGGAACAGUCGUAUUGCCGGAGCUCAAUUGGCUGAGAGCUUUUGGGGAAGAAAACACGCAGCAAUUCGCAGUGGACAACAACGUCGGCGCCUCAUCGUCACACGAUCGAUUUUCUGUGCAGGUAAUUAAGGUGUUCAGUCCCCUACACUUGAGCUGCAUGUCACUAGAUUGAGCUUCCAUGACGUUCUCUUUUGUUUCCUCCAAUCAUUCAGGAUAUCAGGAGUGGCCCUUUGCAUCAGCAAUCA